GCAGUGGCGCGCGCUCACCGAUUUUUUGGUCCACAACGAGGAUAGCGCAAGAGACCGGCGGUGCGGAGCUGGUCCAGGGCGACGUCUCUCCAGCUGUCGUCUAACUGGGCUUGUCCGAGAACUGAACCGGAAACUCCGUUCACGUGCAGCUGGCGGGAACGGCGCUGAGGGACUCGCUUUGAGGCGGGAAAACACGGAAUUCUCAGAAAUUCUAAGUUGGAUUCUUUAAUUUAACGACAGUCUUGCUCCUCAAACGCGAAGACCGUUGUAGUAAACAAAAAGAAGCGUUUUUAAUGACACACACCGGAGUCACAUAUUGCACUUAAAGGUUUGGCACUCCUAAAAGGCGGGAAUUCAACCGACACGGGAGCACAUCAUCCGAUAUCACGCAUCGGAUUCCGUCGCCACCUAGUGAAUUAAUAAAUAAAUAAAGUCUGACUGACUGGACAUACCGACGAGCUGACGCGUCUCACGUUUGACAGCUUUUUUUUUUGGAAGCGUCUCAGUUUACCUCAGCUCAAGCGUCACUGUAAAUAAACUGAACGGCAAGGGGAGGAAUUGGAUGAGGAGGAGGAAGAGGGGUGAACCCACGCCAAUGUGAUCCCUCAGUCAUCAAUGGGAAAUACCGGAGUGUACGCGACUGGGGUGAGAUGCUCGGUGAAGCUCGAGGUGCGUCGCCGCGCUCUCACCGUGAAUGAGUUUUAAAAGAGCGCGCGAGGAGGGAGAAAGAGCACUGUGAAGUUGAACAUAUUCGUCAACCUCGAGAAGAAGAACCAGGUGGAAAAUUUAUUCAUGUGGCACAUGCAUGAGAAAACAAAACGCGUCAUCGAGCUUCCCAAUGCUUGAUGAGAAUGUUGACAUGUUUAAAUGAUGACGAAGGGGAAGAUGACAGAAGCUUCGUGAGAAAGAUUCCGAGCGUGUUUUUGUGAGAGAGGGUGAAGUUCAUUCGACAUGCCCGAGAAUGUCUCCCUCAUCAGGAACCGGACGGAAGUCGCGCAGGGUCGCGCUUGGGGUAGCGGAGCGGGCGCGCGGCCAGCAUGGGUCGUCAUGGUGCUGGCCGGUGUGCUGAUCUUCACGAGCGUGGUGGACGUGCUCGGUAACGUGCUGGUGAUCAUCUCGGUGCUCAGAAAUAGAAAACUGAGAAACGCGGGAAAUGCGUUUGUAGUGAGCCUGGCUUUCGCCGAUCUCCUGGUGGUUUGCUAUCCCUACCCUCUGGUCUUGCACGCCAUGCUGCACGCGGGCUGGUUGCCGGGCGAGAUGGAGUGUAAGGUCAGUGGCUUCCUGAUGGGAGCGAGUGUCAUCGGCUCCAUCUUCAACAUCACCGCCAUCGCCAUCAACCGCUACUGUUUCAUCUGCCAGGCCAACACCUAUGAGAAAAUCUACGGCCGCACUGGAACCCUGGUGCUACUGAUGUUAGUCUGGGUGCUUACAGCCAUUGCUAUUCUCCCGAACCUGGCGUUGGGGUCAUUGACGUACGACCCUCGUGUUUAUUCAUGCACCUUUAGUCAGACAACAAGUGCAGGCUACACCAUCGCCGUGGUGACUGUGCACUUCCUGCUUCCUAUAGCAGUAGUUACAUUCUGCUAUCUGAGGAUUUGGGUACUGGUGCUCCGUGUGAGGAGGCGGGUCAAAACCGAUGUCAGGCCACGCCUCCGUCCAAGUGAACUGCGUCACUUCUUGACCAUGUUCGUCGUCUUUGUGCUGUUCGCCGUCUGCUGGGCGCCGCUCAAUCUGAUUGGCUUGGCUGUAGCGGUGGACCCGCCCCGCGUAGGGCCCUUGGUCCCUGAUUGGCUGUUUGUGGUGAGUUAUUUCAUGGCAUAUUUUAACUCCUGCCUGAACGCCGUAGUGUACGGACUGCUAAAUCAGAACUUCCGCAGAGAAUAUCGAAGAAUACUUCUGUCACUUUGUAAGCCACGCCUCUUCCUGCAGGAGACGUCAAAGGGCGGGACUGAGCGCAGCAACAAACAUUCACCUGGUAACAACAAUAAUGAUGAUCAGCCCAAAGCGAACACAAUAUAGCUUACCAACACUACAUUCAAUUGUUCACAGAUAUCAAACAGAGAAUGCUGCAAAAAGGUUUUAAAUCGCAAUCACAAAUGUUUUGAAAAUAACAUUUUUAUGUCUCACUUUAGAUACCACACUCUGCCAAAAAACGAAACAAAAAAACAAUACCUCAUUUGUUGGAAACUAUUGUUGUUGGAAACUAACAAUUAUAAUAAUCCUCAGUAUUAAGAAAAUUAAUUACAUCUCACACAAGUAUUACAAUCACAUUCAAUGAAUGCAUGCUAAUGAUCAGAGAACAGUGCAAUAAGUCAUUACCAGACAAAAGGUGCAAACUCGAGGAAGACAAAGACUGCAGAACAUUGUGAUCUUCUUCCAAACACACGCCCCUAGAAAAUAACUUCUUUUUCUCACUGUUAGUUGGAGGCUGUUUCCUCCAACCACCCAUAAAUUCUCACCAAACAGAUCUCUCAGACAUUUCACAAGUGCUUCCCUAAUGAUAUAACAGAAUUAAAGAAAUGCUACCCAAAUGCUCACACAUUUGUGACCUCUCAGCAUCUUGACAUAUGUUUUCUCAGUGCUCCAAUAGCGUUAACACUUUUGGCGCUGCAAGUAAACAAGAGCCUCCCCUUGUGCUAUGCAACCAAUUAAUUUUAAACUCAAUGGAGAAAGUGUAAAACUAGGGCUCCCUUAGGUUUGCAAAAGAGGUUAUCCAAACGUUCCCCAAAACACUGCAGCAAAAUUUUUGUAAAACUCCCCUAUUGCUAUGCAAACUCAACUUGAGCAACUCCCAGAGCUGCUUUCAUGCAAACACUGUGGAAAUCUUCCGGUAACCUUCCCACAACAUUUCUCUAGGUCUGCGGAUGUCGUCCUAUGGGAAUAUGGAAAAAUGCUGCAAGAACAUGUUCUUAUAUUCUCCAUAGAUUAAAAAACAAAACAACACACGCUCCCUAUGUCUGUGCACCAGCAGAACGCAUCUGCACAUACUGCACAUUAUGGCAUACUUACAUUAAAACUUUUACUCAACUGAGCAAAGUUUAGCAUUGAAUCCAUUAACAGGGUUCAAAUAAUCAACAACAAAAAAUAAUAUUAAUGAGCAUAGGGCUUCAUAUUUAUGUGACACAAAUAUACUAUUUGUCAACAUCUUAAAUAUAAAAUAGUACUAGAACAAAAGUUAAAAUAAUCUUUAUUAAUAUACCUACUUUAAUAUACCAGCAUGUCAUUCUGUGUCAAUUGAUAUUUAAACAUACACACUUCUUCAAGGUGCCAGUCAAUCAAACCACAAUUGUAAAGAAGGACCUAAUUCUUAAUCAAAUACAUUAGAUAAGUUUUU